CCACGAGUCUAGGCCGAGAUAAUAGCACUAUUCGUGUUCUGCGGUGCGCCAGUCUAGGCUCUAGGGUUAUACCCAGCCGCCGUCAAGCCGGCACGGACGGAACGCCGCCGCCCUCGAAGACCGACAAGGGGCUCGUUAACCUCCCGAACUCUAUCCAAGGCAGCUGAUUUUCAAGAUCCGCUGUUGUUCUGCGGGUGGAAGAGCGUCCCUUUUACAGGGAUUUGGCAAGACGGCGGUUGAUUUUGAAGGCCGUGAGAUGAUCCUUUUUACAGGCUGCAAUCCCCUCCUCCACCAGCAAUAACAACGUGUGGAUGUGGAUUUACCACGCGGUCGCACAUACUCGUAAAUAAAUUAUAUAGUCCGUCUUCUUCCAGCUUAAAUCAUUGUGUCAACGCGGUCGUCGGGCUGUUGUGUGUACGAUCCGGUUUCAUCUCAGAGAGAGAGAGAGAGAGAAGUCGGGAAUUCUCGACUUUUGCCUCCUCCUCGUUGUCAGAAUAUUAAUACAGACGAGCGCUCCGGAAAUAAAAGACAAUCGCUUUGGAAGGCAUACUGGACUCAGAGGAGGUUAUUAUUCGGUUUCAUCUAAUAAGACAAGUCCAAGAUUCUCUACUUAGAUUCUGGUCGGUUUAGAGCAUCGUAGUUCUCUCAUCCUCUCUGAAUAAAUAGAGACCAGAGCUCCCGGAAUAAACGAUGAGCGCGUUGUUCAGGGCUCCCUGGACUCGGAGGUUAUUAUCCAUGGAGUCUGAUAGUCCGCACCGCCACAAAGGUGAGGAAGAUAGGCUCAGCGCGUUGAGUGAUGACAUUUUAAUCUCUAUCCUGGGGAGAGUCGACCUUGCCAUGGCAGCAAGGACUAGUGUGUUGUCAACGCGGUGGAGAAACUUGCCGUGGCUACUUCCUGAUCUCAAACUUCAUGUCAUGGACUUCUUUAUUGCCCCAUGCACAGGGGCUGCACACAUUGAUCAAGCAAUGGCGUCUCUGGCAAGAGCCACUAGCAGCUUCUUGGCUCAGCCCUGCAGGGAACACACCAUCACAACGCUACGCCUCAAGAUUUAUCUCAUCGGAAACUACUCGCGUGACAUUGGCGUGCUAGUUAGCAAUGCCAUUGACAGCGAGAUGCUAAAAGAUUUGGAACUCACCAUUUUAACUGAGAAGAAGCCCGAGGACUCCGGAAACGAGGUUAUGGUAGGGCAAGCUCGGGAUGUCGAUGGAUUUUUUAGUGAGUACCCUAGUGUUCUUCGCUGUCUCACAAGGCUCCAUCUAAAUAAUGUCAGCUUCACUGAACGCGACAUGAAUCACUUACUGUUUGAUUACUGCAAGCAACUGCUGCACCUUCGUCUGGACCACUGUGACACCGGGGAUUUAUCUGUAUGGAAGAUCAAUGCGCCACAUUCGAAGCUCAGAGUUCUAGAAGUCUACCUAUCGUUGAAAAGAGCUGAGGUGCUCUGCCUUCCAAAACUAGAGUGGAUCCGUUGGCAGGCUUGGUUGUUUUCCGAGGCCCCCUUGUGUUUUGGUUCUGUUCCAUCACUCAAGGAAUUGUCCCUUGUCCGUGAUGCAACUAUCAUUCACCAAGACUUUAGUUUAAGCCAGGUUCUAGAUGGUGCCACAAACAUACAUACUCUAACCUUAGACUUUCGAGGAGAAAAGAUCUGGAUGCAACCAGAAGGAAAACAACUCUGCAUUGCAUUCAACAAGCUAAGAAAGCUGUCUAUUCAUGGUAUCUUUAUCAAAUUUGACCUGUUAUGGACAUUAAAUCUCAUCGAGGCUGCUCCAUCUCUCGAGGCAUUUGAUGUUGAGGUAUUGGUGGAUGAAUGCAGAUGUUUGAACAUCCAUGCCUGGAGGGUGAUGAAGAAAGAAAAAGACGGUUUGGUGCUCGGAGAUUGGAACCUUCAUGGAAGUUGCUUGGAUUCACAAGCUGUCACAAGUGGCAAUUGAAAGAGUUCCAGUUCGGUGGUUUUAGGCCCCUACUGGAGCAUCACUUUCUAUUUGUAAGUACCGUGAUGAGUCGAGCUCCAGACUUGAAGACGGUUCUUCUGACAGACGGUAAAUAUCCAUGCAAGGGUUGUGACACAAGGAUCCCAAUACCUCCUCCGAUAGGGGGCUUCUUCCCAACAUACAGGGAUGGGCAAGAAGCAAUAGCCAAGCAACUUAGAGAGAGGGUCCGGUCCUCGGCACAGAUAAUUUUCCGUAGUGGUUCGACUUACCCCUUGCGGGCAACCCGGUCAUGUAUUUAUUAGCUAGGAGCGUGCGAGAGAUCUACCGUGCACGGAACCUCCCGUGCCUGCAUCGACCGAUCGCUAAUGCAUCAUGAUCCGAGCACUGCCUGCAUCGACCGAUCGCUAAUGCAUCAUGAUCCGAGCACCGCUGAAUCUUUUUUGCUUUGUUUACUCAAUACUACACUGUAAAAUGUCAACACGGCACAAUACAAAGAGAUGGUGUGUAAAACCCCCCUCUUUUUUGCCAUGCAGAGGUUGUCCUUGCAUGAGUACUUGUGUCAGCCUUUUAAAAUAAAGGUGGGAGAGAGUGCAGAGAGGACAAAAUUUAUGUUUUAA